AUGUCUGUUGAAGAAGUUACUCAAAAGUUUGAAGAAGCAGUUUCCGUUAGCGAUGCACCAAAGACUGUUCUUUCUGAUAACGCUAAUUUUGAAGUCAAACAUCCAUUGAAUUCCAAAUGGACUUUAUGGUAUACUAAGCCUGCUGUCGAAAAGUCAGAAUCGUGGUCUGAUUUGUUACGUCCAGUUACCACUUUUGAAUCUGUGGAAGAAUUCUGGGCUAUUUUCCAAAACAUUCCUGAACCACAUGAAUUGCCAUUAAAAUCUGAUUACCACGUCUUCCGUAACGAUAUUAGACCAGAAUGGGAAGAUGAAGCCAAUUCCAAGGGUGGUAAGUGGUCUUUCCAAGUUAAAGGUAAGGGUGCUGACAUUGACGAAUUAUGGUUAAGAACUUUACUUGCCGUUAUUGGUGAAACCAUCGACGAAGAAGAUUCUCAAAUUAAUGGUGUCGUCUUAAGUAUCAGAAAAGGUGGUAACAAGUUUGCCUUAUGGACCAAAUCUGAAGAUAAGGAGCCUUUAACUAAGAUCGGUGCUAAAUUCAAGCAAGUUUUAAAAUUAACUGAAGACGGUUUAUUAGAAUUUUACCCACAUUCUACUGCCAAUGAUAGACACGCACAACCAUCAAUUAGUUUGUAA